AUGGAAUCUUCAUGCCUCUGGGGUGCUAUUGCUUCUAAUCGAUCAAGCUGUGAUGAAUCAGGCUUGGUUAUGGAGCAUUGCCCACGAAUGUGUCAGACAUGUGGGGAAGUUGUUGAUCCAAGAUACGACAUUCGACGUCUACCGUCUGAGCUUCAGUCCAUUGCUUGGAUGGUCGGAAGAUGGAGAUCGGAAUUCGGAGGUAAAGCUUUCUUCCCUACAAUUCCAAAGUUCACCUACGGAGAGCAGAUCGACAUUACUAUUGGUGAUCUUUCUUCCAAAAAGAAACCAGCAUUGAACUAUACUGCUUUUGCAUGGGAUCUAAGUGUGCCUGAAGACGAGUUGAUUGAGCUUCAUAGUGAGAAUGGGUAUCUUGUCGUGAGCAAGGACGAAAAAACACAGAAGGAAGUCGUUUCUCUGACUACCGCAAUGAGUAAUGGUGAGUUUGAGUGA